AAUGGUGGCUAUCCCAAUGGUGGCUAUCCCAACGGCGGUUCUCCCAAUGGCGGUUCUCCCAAUGGCGGCACCAAUGGUGAUCCUGAUGGCAACUCCUAUGGAUAUCCCAGCGGUAAUCCACAGAGCUCUGCUGCUGGCCUGCCUGCCAACCUUCCUGGUUCAGCUCCUGACAUGUCUACCUGCCUUCUGCAAGCCAUCACAACAGUCUUUGUCACUGUAUACCCUACCAGCCAUUCUACGCCCUCUGGACUUCCUCAACCCAAUGAUUUUGAUCCUGACCAUACUGCCCAUCAAACUGCAUUUCCCACUACCCCCGGCGUGAUCUCUUCUGCUCAGUCUGUUGAGGCAGCACAAACCAGUGUCAAACCCUUCACCACGAUCACAAUUGAUGUUUGGGGCGACGAUCCUGAGUCACUAGACUCGUUCACUUCUGAUGUUCCAUCUGUCCCCGUCUACACUGACGGUGCCUCUGACCCUGUUGCGACCUCAGCGGACUUUCCUGCUGGGUCUCCUACAAACACAGAAGGCUCUUGGCCCAACAACUCACCACUCCCCACGCCAUCAGAUGCGCAGGCAUCUUUGACUGCCGGGCCAGUUGUUGGUACCCCUGCCCCUGAGAAUUCUGCAUACGGUGGUGCGAGCGGCUUCCCCAGCGGCCUGCCCAGCGGCUUCCCCAGCGGCAUCCCCAGCGGCCCUUCCCAGACUCUUGGCCAGCAGCCGUCCGAAUACACUUCACCAAGCGGGACAGAUACUGGCGCGGAGGGCGGUCAACCUGUGCAAGUGACAGUCAUUGGCGCAGAUGGAAACCCAACAGUUCUGGAGUUCCCUGGCGGCGAGCCCACCAACGGCAACAACAAUGGUGCUGGUCAACCCUUUCCCACAGCCGCCACUGCCCUCCCUGGCUUUACCUCAGGCCCUGCUCCAGCAGCCUCGCAAGUCUUCCCAGCAGCUGGCCAAACCACAUGUACCAGCUACACUGUCCUAGGGCCGAAUGGGGUUCCCACUGUCGUGCAUUCCACUUGGGUCAACUCUCCAACAGACACAGCCGGCCUUCCGUCUGGAUUCCCAUCUGGAUUCACUUCUGGACUCCCUGUUGUCACGGGCUUGCCUGGAGGACCUGUCAUUGCGACACACACUGCGUUUACUGUCCUUGGCCCUGAUGGACUCCCAACUGUGGUUGAGUCAUCUUGGCUGGUGCCCGCACCGACUCAAUCUGGUGUCGGUGGCAUCCCGAAUCAAGUCACUGGGUUCCCGAAUCAGGUCUCAGGGUUCCCGACUCAGGUCACUGGAUCGGCGGCUGCCGCGAGUGUGGGCGGCAGUCCAACUUGUACGAGCUAUACAGUUCUGGGAAUGGAUGGUCUUCCAACCGUCGUUGAAACCACUUGGAUCGUCCCUCGUCCCACUGCCGGUGCGAAUCCUGCCAACGUUGUCACCGGUGUUCCCAGCCAGUUUGGAGGUGGAGGUUCUGGUGAUCCUUCACAGCCCGCAACGGAUGGUGGUGUGAAUGCCGUUACGGCUUGCACAAGCUAUACUGUCUUGGGUUCUGACGGUGCUCCGACGGUUGUUGAGUCCACGUUUGUCGUGUAUCCAUCCAAUGCUCUGCCCACUGUCACCAAUGCACUGCCUCUGCCACCUGCUCAAGCUUCUGGCUUUCCACAAGGCGUCUCAGGUCUUCCCCAGGGAGACAAUCUGGCCACAACUUGCAUCACCGUUGGAGUCGUGGGACCGGAUGGAUCUAUCACGCCCGUUGUACAAACCGUCGUCGUCCCAACCGGCGCAAUGAGCAAUGCUCUGCCUGUUCAGACCAACCCUGGGUAUCCUUCUCUCGUGCCGGCUCAAAACGGCCUCCCCCAAGGUCAACUUUCGGCGACUCCUGCUGGAAGUGGACUUUUCACGACGUGCAUUACGCUCACUACGGUAGGGCCAGAUGGUUUGGCAACACCAGUUGUCCAGACUGUUGUAGGCUUGCCGAGCGGUACGGAGCUUGGAUCUUCUCUUCCAGUGUCAACAGGCGCACUGCCUUUUCCCAACUCCCAGGUCUCCAAUGGUGGCCUGACCAACCUUCCCACACUUGGUCAGUAUGGGUCACUUCAAUCUGGCCUUCCCAGUCUUUUGCCACCAUCUGCAGCUGAAUCUGGGAUUGUUGGUCCAACAGGAACUGUGACUGGUACUCGCACGUCGACUUUGACCGUCGUCAAUGGCCCUGGCGGGCAGCCCGCCACUCUCGUUCCGUACAGUGACGACUGGAGCAACCAGGCGCCGGUGUUGGAAUCUUCGGGGUUGUCAGGGAACGCCUACGGCUCGCCGUCACGCCUUGCAACAGCUCUCCAGACCAGUACAUGGACAAAUGUCAUCCCAGAGGACACGACAACGUACACCAUCAACUUUCCUCUCACAACCAUGGCCACUGUCGCCCUUCCCAAUCGACGCGCCAUGCGCCGUCAGCAAGACUCGCCAAUCUCCAGCGUGGCACCGGAUAACAGCACUCUGAGCACGACCCCGAUUCCAACCUUCAGCACCCAGAGCGCCUUUGUCCCCUCGCUUCCUUCUAUGACAUUUCCUGCUCCACCGCAGGUCUCUUCCGUGGAUGGAUCAGGUUCCUCACCUAUGUGUCCCACUGGUGGAAAGAUUGGCAACUUUACGUUGAACUUUGACGAUACUAAAACCGGCCCCCUCUUCAACCCGUCACGAGACAUCUGGUUCUCUGAAGGAUUCCUCAUCGCCCCUCCAUCGUCCCAGACGUUCCAAUCUUACAGUCCCUCAUCUGGCGGUCAGCUUGUCGAAUUCGUGCCGCCUUCCCUGCCCUCAUUGGGCCAUUCUGGGGUGGGAGACACUGCUGAGAUUGGUGUUGGUCCCAAUGCUCCGAAUCACUGCUUCAGGUUUGACUUCCAAGGUGCCAGUCUGGGCUGCGCAGCAGAGGGUGCCGAGCAGUGGUGCGAGUUUGAAGUAUCCGCAUACCGCUACAACGACGUUUUGCAGAGAGAGGAGUCGGUAGCCUGGUCUGAGACGAAGCGCAUUCCGGCAUGCCCCAACUUCCCUCACGGGAGCUGUCAACUGACCCCUGUGACCUUUGACGGUUACGCGAAUAUCACUGCAGUCCUGAUCAGCUUGCGUGUGGGCACCGAGUUGCGAGUCUGGUGGGGCGAUGACUUCAAGCUGGGCUGGAGCGACAACGGCUGCGAUGCUGCUGCUUGUCGUGCAAGUGCUGUUCCUCAGCCCGUCAAGCGGGAAGUUAUCGAGUCGGCUGCCCGCCGGGGUGUCUGGAACUGGACCCCAAAUGGGCUGAAGCGACUUGACGACGGAUACAUCUGGGAAUCUCUGUAA